AUGGAGCACAACAUUCCCAGCUCUUUCCUGUUUAACAACUCUUUAAACCAGCUGCCCCCUGACAUCAAGACUCCCAUGUGUCAGUAUUCUGUGCAGAACACUUUCUACAAGCUGCAUCCUUCUGGUGGACUCAAUGCCCAGCUCCAGGCUGGCACUCCUCAUGGGAUCAGUGACAUUCUCAGCCGGCCAGUGGUGGGUACCCCAAACAGUACCCUUCUCUCUGGCUACUCUCAUGUAGGAGGUUUCACUGGGGUCACUCCUUCUGCUGUCUACUAUAACCGGGAUUAUACCCCUCCUAUUGCGGGCUAUGCCAAGCCCAGCGGAGAAUUUGCACCCAAGGCAAGGGCAGGAAGUUGCUGGAAUGAGACAGGCUGUGACUGGAGGGCUAAUCGGCAGCACUGCUCCAAUAACACAGUGCAUGUGUCUGAAUUGUCAGGACGCAAGAAGCACACCAGGCCCACAUUUAGUGGACACCAGAUCUUUGCCUUGGAGAAGACUUUUGAACAGACCAAAUACCUUGCUGGACCAGAACGGGCCAGGCUGGCAUAUUCAUUAGGAAUGACUGAGUCACAGGUCAAGGUGUGGUUUCAGAACCGUAGGACGAAGUGGCGGAAGAAGAGUGCAUCAGAGCCUAGCUCCACCCAGCAAACUGGGCUGGAGCCAACAGUAUCGGAGCCCGAAGUGGAGGACGAUGAAUACAACAAACCUCUGGACCCGGACUCAGACGACGAGAAGAUCCGCUUGCUGUUGCGCAAACACCGGGGCGCGUUCUCCGUGUUGCGACUUGGCGCGCACCACCACCUAUAA